UAUAUGGCUGAGGUGGAAGCAAAGGUGAGCGAGAAUGUGAUGGAGGCAUGUGCGAGGACGGAGAGCGUGAGGAAAUGUGUCUUGACUUCCUCGCUGUUGGCUUGCAUUUGGCGAAACGGCACGCAGUCCGAGCUUCCUCCAGUGAUUGAUCAUUCUUGCUGGAGUGACGAGUCCCUCUGCGUGGAUAAAAAGCUUUGGUACGCAUUAGGAAAAUUGAAGGCAGAGAAAACUGCAUGGAAAAUAGCCGAGGCUAAGGGCUUGAAACUAUCAACUAUAUGCCCUGCCCUCAUCACAACCCCUAAUCUACUUUACCACCAUCCCACCCCUACAAUUGCUUAUCUUAAAGGAGCACACGAAAUGUAUGCAAAUGGGCUACUAGCAACGGUGGACGUGGACAAUCUCGCAAAAGCGCACGUGCGAGUUUACGAAGCCAUGCAGAAGGCGGUGUAUGGAAGAUACGUGUGUUUCGACAAGGUGAUAUCGACUGAAUACGAAGCGGAGGAGCUGUCUGAACAAACAGGCUUUAGCCUUGAGAAGAUCCGCGGGGAUAAUAAGUACGGCGGCUCUACGGCGCCGUUUAGGUUAUCUGACAGAAAACUGUCGUCUCUCUUGUCGAGAUCUUCCAUAUGUUGUCUUGAUGACAUCUAAAUUAAACAUCUUAUUAGAUAUUGGGCUUUUUAUUGUUUUUUUUAUUUAUUUGUAAGAGCCUUGUAUUAGAUAUGGGUUAUUUGCUUCUAUUGCUUCUAUUGAUGUCA